ACACCUCUGCUAAAGUAGAUGUUGUACCUUCAGUUAACGGUGAACACCCAUAGCUGCUUUCCUCUGAGCGUGUUCGUGACUUUGACUGUGAAUCUUUGUUGUUUUUAUCUGUCAAAUAAAAUCAUUUUUCUCCUCCAGCUGGAAGGAGAAUACAGAUAAUGUUCAUAAUACAGACAAAAAAAAUUGUAGCCAGUCAAAUUUAGUAAUUUUAAAACCUCGUCCUCGAUAGAGACUUUUAAAAGUUGUCAAAUUAUAACAGUACAAAACGUCAAUUGUCCCCCUGGAUGUUUUUGUACUCAUGAGAUAAGGCUUUAAUGAGCUUUCUGUCCAGCGAUGAGGCCGUCAUUAGGCUAUUCGAACAUAAAGAAAAGGGUGUUCAUAUGUGCUCUUUCCGACUGGGUGGACCAGACUCUAAUUUCAGACUGCAGUAUGACUCAGUGACCACAUGAAACUGAUCCCUGCUUCGCCUCUUGUUUUAAAGCUAAUAAUGCUGUCACCGAUGACAGGAACAUUUUGUACAUUUGGCUUUCUGAGAUGAGAUGAAUUACUUAUAAGCUGUGUAUGAUUGCGAGCGUCUGCUGGAGUAAAAACCUUUUUAGCUGACAGUUUUCUGCUUUUCACUGCUGUCGAGCCAGAAAACGUUGCAAUAUACAGGGAGGUUAGACAGACUGUCCGAUGACUCAUGUGCAGAGGGGAUUUUAUGUAGAAAAAAAAAUAUUUUUUAAAGAUAACCUUAGUGGAAAUUAGUGUCCAUGUUUGAUUUCCACAAAAGCCCAGACUCCCUUCAGCACACAUAGAUACGAUCUGGUGUGUUGUGAAAUGUCCGUUAUGAUUCUUGAUUAUUGGUUUUCUCUGUCCUCCAGCUCUCUAUUUCUGCUGCCCUAUAAUUUGCCUCCUUUACAGUAGAGAACGUCCACUUCUGUAAACACGACAGCUUAAGUAAAGAUAUUUGAGUCGAGUAAGAGAGGGAGUUUCUGUACAUCACGGUAAACAUGCCGUGCUUUGAUAUGGCCACUUAGGGCUGUUUUGUCUGGUUUCCAUGUUCUCGGCUGAAACUUGAGUUCGACGUGUUUGCAUUUAUGAAACAAGAUUUGAGAUUAUUUAGGAAUGUCGAAGUCGCUUGCAUGCUAUAUUUCUUUGACUCAUUAUUUCUUUGGAUCCCAGACGUAGAGCGAUGUGUUUUCACAAUGCAUUGUGGAGGUUUGACACGGAGCCAGAUUCCAUGCUCAAGUGUUUCCAGUAAUAUUCAUAAAUACUGACGAAUCGCAUAUUUUCAGAGCGGAAAGAAAGUAGAAAUAGUGCAAAGAAACAGCGACAUACUUUUAUGAUUGUCUUCCUUCAGGCUGCAGCAUCGUCCACAAUAUGAAGGAGCACAAAUACAAACUUUGUUUUACAGUAAAUGCAGAUAUUGACGGGAAAUGAAAUGAUCCAUUACUCUCUCCAUCUCACUUUACACUUCUGUCUACACUUGUCAUCAGUUUGUCCAAAUAAAAUUGUAAACUCAGCUCACUUCCGAGCACUUUAUGCAUCAGUAAGGCUUCUGUCAGAUAGCGUUAGUCAAGCCAACGUUUCUCUUCCUACCGUGAAGCUUCUCCAAUACUGCUGAUAAAAACCUUUUUGCAUGAUUUCACAACAGAUCCACAUCACCUCUGAUAUCUGCAGCCAGUUCUUUUAUUCGUGGUCUUUGUUUUUAAAGUUAGGAAAGAGACCCUGUUCACUUUCUUGCUGAAGGUUAGAUAAGAUUGAAAUAUGAAGCUGAAGCCAGGAGACAGUUAGCUUAGCUUAGCUUAGCGUAACCAUAAAGACUGAAAACAGCUAGCCUCUAAAGCUAACUAAUUAACACUGACUUAUGUUUUGUUUGUUUAAUUCUUUAGGCGGAUUAAUAUUGAGACAGAGCCAGGCUAAUCUUUAUGCUAAGCUAAGCUAAUCACCUAUUGGACCUAGCUUCACAUUCUACAGACAGAUAUGUGGUAUCAAUCUUCUUGUAUGACUCUCAGCAGAAAAGUGAAGACACUUAUUUCUAAGUAAAACAAAUAGCCUCUGCCAUUGACACCAUUUUAAGGCUAACACCUUUUCUGUGGUUCUACUUCCUUUGUGUUUUGUUUGCAACGUCACACCUACGAAUGAAAAAAAAGUGUACCAGGGCUACUUUCUUAAGCCUAAUGUUGACGUGUGAAGUGAGACACGAAUACAAUCGUGCGUUUAUGAGCGGAAGAAGUGAUUAUAAACACCACAUGAAUGUGUUUUGCCUCCAUCAGCAGACGCCGGUUUGUUUUUGAGAUCUGAGCAUUUCUCCACUCUCUCUGACUUCUCUUUACUGCGUGAGAGCUCUUAUGCAUUUGGCCUCUAAAAGCAGCUGACCUUACUGACGCUAAUAUUUUCCUUGUGUGACAAUAAAUAUGCACAUUGUAAGUGGCAUCAGACGCUCCCAGUGUUUACGUGUUCUGUGUGGUUGUUUGUGAGCAAAGAGCAAAGAUCUGUUGCAUUGCGGUUGUCAUAACACAUAAUAAAACGUGAAACCACUGGAAAAAGACGGAAAUGAAAACAAUUAAGUGGUUAUAAUAGAUUUUUAAAUAAUGAGCGCAAUGUGAGUGAAAGGAAACAGCAUUAAGGUUGCAGGUGGCUGCUCGUGUCGCCAUUUCCAACACGAUUUCAACAUUGCAAGCGACAGGAAGUUCACCCUGUACCACUUCCUCCUGAGGAGUAAACCUUGUAAAAAGGGUGGAGGAGUGGGGCCACACAGUUACAAAGACCCACAUGUACACGUGACGUGGAACAUAUUGUCUGAAACUCAAAGAAGUUAAGUCAUGAUGGAAAUUACUUUGUGUGCAACGGUGUCAGAACCAGAGAGGUAUUACAAGUCUUUAUCAGUUAUCUGCAUAAAACCAUUUAUGGUCAUGGAUACGGUUUGUCUUCAUCGAGCUUCCAACCGUACAAGCACGCGCCAUCUAUUAGAUGUUGGAACAAUAUAGAUCCAUUUCACAUUCAAAUGAGAAACAUCAUGUCACAGCACUGUCUGAACUCUUGCCUGGAACACAAUCAAUCACUCUUGUCUCCUCUGCAGUGUGACUGAGGGGUUUGCCUCGACCCUCUCGCUUUGCUUUUGAUUAAAACUCUGCAAAUGUUCUUUCUUUUUUUUUUCUUUUUUUCUUGUUGGCUCUAAAAGUGUAAUAAACAGAUUCCAAACUGUGAUGAGUGAAAACAGCAGCGAGUUACACUUCAUUGGAGAUAAUAUUUUCAUAUCUAAUGAACCGUAACGGCAGAAAUAAAAGUGACCGGAGAAAAUGCAAACAUUACACUGAGGGAGAGAAAAUGUCAGUGGUUGAGUUAAACCAAUAAGAUUCAGAGUUGGUGGAGCUUUUUUUUUUGUUCAAAGUGUGUAGCUGCGUUGAGGUCUGAGACGUGCAGUGGUCAAAGUCCAUUUAUUAUCACCUUAACUUUAACCACACCAAUCCUUCACCUAACCCCAGCUAUUUCUUAUUCAAAUGUAAUGACUGUCGUCUUCCAUCUGAACACAACCACGUUUGAUCUUUAUGCAACAACCCAACCUCUGAGUUUUGCAGACCAGUCAUGCUUCUGUGCUACAAAAUGAGUAAAGCCUCACUGAGAUAUCUAGGUUAGCCGGUGAGCCCUUAAAAAUAAAGACACGCUCAGUAGAUUGUUUUUUAAAUCAGCAAAUGAACAAAAAGCAGUUUGUUUUCUUCUUGUUUUGUUCUAAGCUUUAUACAAAGUAUUUCAAUGUAUUAUACAACAACAAAAACUGUGUUUGCCUUUGCUGCCAUCUUUGUGCCUCAUCAUGGAGCCCAGAAUCACGGCAGGUCGUCACGAAAUUAAAUCUAUUUGUUUCAUGUACAGGGACACAAAUUGUUCAUAUUUUUUCAUGUCGCUCAGCACAAAAACAACGCCAAUGGAAAGUCAAUAAGGAUCCUUUUUUCGUGGUGGACGCACAAAUUAAACGCCACCACUUUACUAUGCCACGGUCAGAGCUAGUAACGUAUAUUAAAUAAAGAGAUAGACCACUUAUGGUGGGCAGCAGGGGAGGUGGAUGGGUCCAUCAAACACAGCACCGUCAACCACAAGCUCGAUGUUCAACUCUGUGUGUCCCAAAGUGUUCGUGACGGUCUUCUAAAACCUAUUUACGUGGUUUUGUUGCCUCAAUCUAACUUUUGUUUUGUAGCGUAAUGCUGUCCCGAAAAAUAAGUUGUGCCGAUCAACACGAAAGAAAUGGACAAAUGAUGUUCCUUGUGUGACUAUAGGCCAGCGACACUCAUUAACACCCACAGAACCACAGGCAGAAAGCGAGCCUUUAGUGUUUAACCAGACUGGUUCAGCAGUUACAGCAGCCACAGUUAAUGUUGAAUUGUCCUUAAUCAGAUUAUUGUACCCUCACAGGCUCUGUAGUCAAUGUUGGGUUUCCAGGACCAUUAACAUGCAGUGGAGGUGCACAGCAGCAUGUUACAUCUCUGGAUUUAGUGAAGUUAAAACCCCAUCAAAGCACCACUGUGACUGAAUGAACUGCCACUGACCCGUCCCACUGCUGGUCAUGUUCCACUGUAAGAAAACAGGGACUCUGUUUUGACUGCACAUUCUAGCCCAUCAUAACAUUUGCUCUGAGGAAAUGUGGAUUCAAAUAAUACAAAGUGAGAGACGGCAUACUGUACAUAAUUACAGAUGUCAAGUGAGUCUUCGGGAGUUGUUGUCGCGGGCUGUUUCACUACUUUCAGACUGAAAUGAUUAACUGUAUCGGGGUUAAAGGAGCCUUGCUUUACCUGAGCAGAGAAUGAAGUCGCUCUCCCUCUGUGAAUGUUGGUAUCUGAGCUUCUCCGUUCUUUGUUGACAUGGUUGGGCCUUUUAGUGCAUGUUAUCGCAUGUUAUCGUGCCCUACUGGUUGGCUCACGGCCGACGCUGUGCACGGCUCUCAAACGGUGGUUGAAGCUGAUAACGCCGUCCCGAUCGGCAGCUGUUUUCACGAAAGCAUAGCACCAGCCCUCUGAUUCCCCCUCAGGUCAACACUGUUAGCUCUGUCAGCACUUCCCCCGUUGUUUGCACUGUUAGCGCAGUUAGCACUGUUAGCUAUGUGCCGCCGGCUCAGGCGCCGCCAUGUUGAGAGGCAAAGCAAACACCCCCAAUAUCGGAUCUUGCACCUUUAAACUAUAUAGCUCUGAAGCAGUCAAGUGUAUUAGUCUUGAUCAGCAAUUUAUAGCUAAGCCCAGCAUACAAGCAUGCAUAUUUUAUUACUGUCGAUGGUCGUGCAGCAUUCUGAUUUAGUUUUUUAGCACAUAGUAACUGAAAUAAAUUGGUAUUGUCAAACACACUGAUUGAAACAAACGUUGUAUAUUGUAAUCAUGUAAUGUGAGAGCAUGGCUUCAACAGUUAAGGGUCUUUAAUGACAUUAUAGGACUGAUUGUAGUGGUGACUUGGAGGGCAGAGAGGUCAGUUACUUCUGAAUCUGACAGAAAAUACCAAAAUGAAUCAGAUCUCACUCUUCAGUUCAACAUGUGCAACAGGACACGACACGUUCAGGCGAAACAUGAAUGCAUGAAAGUUAUGCAGACAUACUUUUCUUCCUUUCAUACUGGGUGGAGAUGAUAAUACAGCCUCAGGGCACAAAUUACAGCAGCACACAUUUCAAAGUGAAGCAGCAGUGCUGGGUCUCACUGGCUGUGUAACAUGUACAUGUGUACCAACGAUCGUUUCAUUUCUCCACACAUUCCUUCACUGCCAUUCAUAUGACAACCAAGUCCAAUCAAUGGAGAUGUUUUGCUUCCUUGCAGCACCAAUCAAAGACAUUGACGCACACGGUGUCCCAACAGUUUAUGUCACAUGGUGGAAAAGUUAACAUGUGGGAUCUUUGAGUAUUUUUUUGUGUCUGACACUUUUGUUGUUGCUUUUAAACAGAUGGACGACAUCGACGCCAUGUUCAGUGACCUGCUGGGGGAGAUGGACCUCCUCACUCAGAGUCUCGGACAGGAAACAGUACCUCCUGCGUCUCUCCCCACCACCAACAAGGAAGUCAACCUAUCCAUCGGCUACACUGACCUCAAUGAGUCCCUCAAUGAACUCGAGGACACCGAUCUGGAUGCGCUCAUGGCUGAUUUGAUGGCUGAUCUCAGUGAGUCGGAAGAGAAACUUGCAGCACAAAUAAAAGAUCUGAAGGUGCCGUCACCGCCCCCGUCAGACCUGCCGCCACCACCACCUAAGGGCCUGAGCAUCCGUCCGGCCUCCUCCUUCCCUUCCCCAACAUCAUCAACGAGCAGCACCAGCAGCAACGUUAGCACCACGGCCUACUCCGCUGCCUCCCCUUUACCACCUCCGCCCCCUCAGGCUGCAAAGCCCACAAAGGAGGAAAUCGAGGCGCAGAUGAAAGCAGACAAAAUCAAGCUGGCUCUUGAGAAGCUCAAGGAAGCUAAAGUAAAAAAGUUGGUGGUGAAGGUGCUGAUGAAUGAUGGCAGCGCAAAGACUCUGAUGGUGGACGAGAGGCAGACUGUUAGAGAAGUUCUGGACAACAUGUUCGAGAAGACUCACUGUGACUGCAACGUGGACUGGAGCCUGUGUGAGACCAACCCGGAGCUACAACUUGAACGGGCGUUUGAAGACCAUGAGAACCUGGUGGAGCCUCUCUUGGCGUGGACCAGGGACAGCGAGAACCAAGUCCUCUUUCAGGAGCGGGGGGAGAAAUACGAGGUUUUCAAAAAUCCACAGAACUUUUAUCUAUGGAAGAAGGAUAAGAGAGCCCUGAAAGAUAUAAAAGACAAAGACAAGGAGUUAUUAAUACAGGAGAACUUCUGCGGGACUUCCAUUAUCGUGCCGGAUCUGGAGGGGGUGAUGCACCUCAAAGAAGACGGCAAGAAGUCCUGGAAAAUGAGACUCUUCCAGCUGAGGGCCUCGGGAAUUUAUUACGUGCCCAAAGGGAAAACCAAGUCGUCCCGGGACCUCGUCUGUUUUGUCCAGUUUGACAACCUGAACGUCUACUACGGCAAAGACUUUAAGAACAAAUACAAAGCCCCGACCGACUUCUGCUUUUUUCUGAAGCAUCCUCAGAUCCAAAAAGAGUCUCAGUACAUCAAGUACCUCUGCUGCGAUGAUGCUUGCGCCAUGAACCUUUGGGUAACAGGAAUACGGAUUGCAAAGUACGGUGCGUCGCUGUAUGAAAACUUUAAAACCGCAGAGAAGAAGGCUGCUGUCAGCUCUGUGUGGACGAACCGAAGCACUCCAUCGAGCUCCAAUCCGUCAACGCCCUCACCCACCAUCAAAGCCAAAUCACCAAACCAGGCCAAUGGACAUGCUCAGGAGCCCCAACCAGGACCUGUUUCUACGGACUUCGGACAUGUCCCUCCUCCACCUCCACCAUUGGCAGACAUCCUUCCCCCACCACCUCCGGACCCAUUCCUCCCUCCUCCGCCACCUCCUUUGGCUGCCAAGAGUUCUUUAAAACCUGCCCUCCCUCAUCGACACCUGCCAACCAACUUCCCUCCGCCUCCACCUGCAAUGGACAACCUCUCUCCUCCACCACCACCAUCCAAAGACGAUGCUCCGCCAGACUUCCUUCCACCCCCUCCUCCGGCUGCUGGCUUUGGUUCACCGUUUCCUCCUCCGCCACCGUUGACCUCCCUACCACUACCGCCACCCCCAGUGAGUUUCAGAGGUGUGGACCAGUCUCUGCCUCCUCCACCACUAGAUCCAGGGUUUUUACCUCCGCCUCCACCAAUGUUCACAGGGGCUGGAGCACCCCCUCCGCCACCUCCUCCAACUGCUGCUGCCCCAAAACCAGCGCUACGGCCUUCUGGCUCGGUGAAGAAGAUGCCUCCGGUUCCGCCAAAGAGAACUACACCAUCUAUGCAUGGAGGUGGAGGUGGAGGUGGAGGUGGAGACUUUAUGUCAGAACUGGCGCUGGCCAUGAACAAGAAGCGUGGUCUUCAUUAGCCUGAGUCUAAAAAUAGCUUGAAUCCACCACUCUUUACAUCCAUAACGAUGCUGAACAUCUCCAAAAUGAAGCCAGUGGAGAUCAAUACAGAUUCCAUCUCUUCCAGAGAACAGAUGGCCAUCCAUCCAUUUGUAUGGAUAUGUAUGAUACCAAGACAUAAUCUUGCAUGAAUUAAGUGAAAGUGUAAUUAUUUUCAAGACCAAAACAGUUUAUUUUGUACACUGUUUGUAACGUUGCUGAAGAGAAAACAUGAAAAGUAUAAUGUGGUCAUCAUGGUUCAAAGAGACAUUUUCAUAGAAUUGUACAUAUUGACAUGUUUGCAUGGAAUGCUGUAAAUACUAUAAACACAAUCCCCAUAUACAGAGCACACGAUGAGUUUUCAAAUGACUAACAAGCUAAAUAAAACCUGGCAGAAGACAUGCGUAAAUAUCUUUUUUUUUAUUGGGUUUUCUUGUACAACUUGCUGAAAUCUGAGAAGUGAAGGCUCUGGUGUGUGCAUAAAGUAUAUGAAUAGGGUGAAUAGUCAUACUGUAUGUGAAACUAGGUCUUAAAACAAACGGUACACCCUCUGCUGUAGCAUCUUUGAAUAUAUUUAGGCGUCAAUAUGGCAUUAAAAAAUGUUAAUUCCU